UGUACAAUGGGGAGGACAUGGAGGGACGUUCUCGGUGUUCAGGCUUUAUUUAGUUUUAUUCCAAAAUUAUGAUCAGUAAAAGUACAAGGGUAAAGGCAAAUCUACGAUGUAUAGGAAGAGAGUGGCAUAUUUUUACGACGAGGACGUUGGAAACUUCCAUUAUGGUGAGUUUAUCCUUGGAAGUUAGCAGCUAAGCUUUUAAUAUACCGGUAAUAAGAAACUGGAAAUUACGUGCUUUGACACAUGAGUUAUUUAAUACUAACACAGCUUUUGAUAAAUCAUAAGCUUGCUGUGUUCUAUCAAAAGUCUGGUGUGAUUUACAAUCUGUGUUGCUUACCGUGAAAUUUAAGCCGAUAUAAUUGACCUCUGUUUAUGAAAGGAAGCUCUAUAAUAUUAACCUGACUUCGGUGUAAAUGGUACUUUGAAUGUUCAUUUGGAACGGGUUUAUGCGUUUACCACAUAUGACCAAGGGAAGUAAGAUUUCCAUAUAACCCCAUACAGUUAUUAUGCAUGCAGCAAUUUUAUACCUGCCAACAGUCUCACGCCUGCGGACUAAAGACAUUGAUCUCACGCAUUAAGGACAAUCUCUUAUGCCUGACUCACAAAUCCGGACGAAUUGUUCUUUCAAUCAUAAUUAAUAACGAAAAUUCAACUCAAUUUCCUCGAAAAUAUUCCAAACAGGCGCUGAAAGAUGACUUUGUGUCAAUGAAGCUUGAUGUAGACGUCCUUGAAGAAGCAUUCGCUUUAUAACUUUAAUUGGUCUUGUUUCGAGCAUACAGUCGCUUGCGCGGACAAACCAUGCCGUGUUGUGUUGUAUUGGGUGAAUCUUUUGUUUCCUGUCUCGCGAAACUUGAUCCUGAACUCGAUUCUCGAUAGGCUAAGCUUGUUCUCGAUUUUAUAUCUGUUACACAUGUAGUUACCUGGGGCAGGGAAAACAAAGCGAAAACAAUGAAGCAUUAAACAGUGCAUAACAAAAGCGUAAGCUAGUUUUAAAAAUGCACUUUCAAACUAAUUAAUGAUUUUGCGUUAACACAGAAAACGUGCGUGUGUUUUGUGCGUCCGUUGGUUGCUUAUCUCUGAGCUGUUCUGUAUUAAAUGACCAGGGGCUGAAACUAGCCAUAUAAUUGGCCUCUUAUAAAUAUCUACUUCCUGUGUGCCUAAUAAUUAUUUGGUGGUGGUCUAAAGUAAGGCAAAUUUCUUAUAAUUUUAAAAAGAUUCAGUGAUCACACCUCUGUAUUAUUCUUAAGUCAAAAAUAUAACUUUAAAAAUUGAUGGUACAGUCUCAGUCAAAAUUGUUGGGACACUUUGCUGUCUUCUUACCCUCCCAAUGUUGGUGUGCAAGAUUUGGAUUUAACUGCGAUAAACAACAUUGGGAGGACGAGGAGAUGGGCCAGAAGUAAAAAAAAACAGGGUUGGGUGGAAGUGUCCCAACUAUUGUUGUCUGAGACUGUAGCUAACUGUACAUGUGGUAGAUUCCAAAAGUGAUCACUUCCAAACGUAAUCUUCUGUAGCAACUCUGGGAUGCUAUUUGUCAUCUGUUAGUUAAAAAUAAUAUCACAAUAUGUAUUGUUGGAUUUGAAGACUAAACAUGUUUUGUUUUAUCCUUUGUCUUGUAGUUGUAAUGUUUGUUAAAUUUGUUGGUUUUUGUAGCUUAAAAAUGUUGCUUGUUUUUUUUUUUAACCUUCAGGCCCUCAUCACCCAAUGAAACCUCACAGACUCACCUUAACACAUAACCUAGUUUUUAACUAUGAUCUUCACAAGAAAAUGGAGGUAAUUUUUAUAUCAUACAUAUAGCUCUUUAUUUUCCAGGCAUUAGGAUCAAAGAUAAGAAAUGACAGUGUUUAAGUACACUGUAAGUCAUCAAUUUCAGUGUCAACAGGAGAGAGAAAGGGUAUUGCAUAUCUUGUGGGGUUCCUGGCCAAUACAUUAGUCGAUGUCUCAAACAAUAGUCUAUUUCUUGACCGAUCCUCAAUAAUAACUAGUACAUGUACUUUAUGUCUCAACUGAAUACUGUAACACAUUGCAGAUUCUCAGUCAUUGUCCUGCUAAUUUCAUAAGCAACUGUCAAAAUGAAUGAUAAUUGCGAUCUCUUCUUGCCCAAGGAAUGUGACCCUCCUUUUUUGUUGGUGUUUUUUGCUCAUUAUGGUUACAUUGUAUGUUACAGGUCAAAUUUGAUCUCAGGUUAAUUUUGAUUUUGAUUCUCAAUUUCCUCAAUUUCCUUUGUCCGAAAGCCCGGGGCUAGUGGAUUUUGCUAUCGGGCUAGUGAAAUCUGUUUUUAACUUGCCCGACGGGCAAGUGAUGUUCUUUGAGGAAUUUGAAUAACAGAAGAAGUGUGAAAUCAAUUCUGCUCGACGAAAAGCUUUUGGGGCUAGUUGAAAUGACAUCUGGGCUAGUAAAUGCUAGCUUCAGCUUGCCCGAAUGGCAAGCUGUAAAAAUGAUUUUCUUUGCUCCCUGCAACCUGACAACAAAUUAAUUUGACCCGUGUGUUCCUGAUGAUUAAUACUAUAAACAUGUUGGUUGUUAUAAUAAUAUUGGUCUGGUCCACAUUAAUGAACUGAGUAUCAUGAUCAGUCCAUAACAACAUUAACAUUUUUACUCAUUGACACAGGUGUACAAGCCCUACAGGGCUACAUACCAUGACAUGUGCAGGUUUCAUUCUAGUGAUUAUAUACAGUUCCUUAGGAGGUAACUAUUGUUCAUCUUGUCUUUUUAAGCAAAAAUAAUGUGGAAUAAAAUAAAAAUAAUUUUGAAUCAUGACUGAUAGUGGAGGCAGCAUUGGCUGUCAGAGUGGUCAGACCCACGAUCCAUCUGUCAGCAUUUCAAGUCCUGGUCCAACCACUAGCUGGAUUUGUUUCUUGGUUAUCUGAGUUCAAAUCCUUGGUUACACUUAUACGUCGUAAAUUAACCAACUGAUUGCUUUCUGUCAAUCUGGGUUUUUAAUCCCGUUAUAAUUUGUGCUAUAUGUAUUUGAUUCUUUUGUAAUAAUUUAUUUGAGUAGAGUGCAACUAAACUAGCUGGAAAUCCGUGGACACUUCCACUAUUAACAAACCUUUACCUUAACCUUACAUGUACAAUCAUUUUUUGUACAGUUGAGUGUACAUUUUUGUGUAUUCUUUGAUGGGGCAACUAUAAUUAAAUAUAAAUUGUUUUUUCAUCUACGUGUGUCAUGUAAAAAAGAAUGAUAGGUGGCCAUCAACAUGUACUGUUAGGGACCUUACGAUCCAACAAUUGGCGACAUCCAUGAAAACGUCACUGAAAAGUAGACUCUGCAUCCUUUCAAACCAUUUCGCGAUUUUCCCAAGUUACCCUGUUACUUAAAAGAAGGGAUUUUAGAUUAGAACUGAAGAGAGGGGGCCGCUCGUGAGUUCAAACAAGAGAUAGUAGAAUUUAUCGUCUUGCUGUUCCCAUCCUCAAAAAAAUAUAAAAUUUGGUCAUUUCGUGUCGGAGUUGUGCAGGGUGGCAAAGAAAUGUACAAAACAGCGUGAUGCGCGUGCAGAGUUGUUGUUUUGCUAACUAAACCUAUUGCUUUUUUACUUUGCCGCUGACGUUCCUGAAGUCCCUACACGUAUUAUCCAUUCCUUUGUACAUUUAAAUAUUUUCUUCUCACCUUAUUUGUUUUAUUUUUAGUAGAAUAUUUAUUUUAUACCUGAUAUCUUAUGGUAAGAGUGGAGAUUUCCCUUAAGAAUAAGCCUUGGUUUUCUUCAUGUUCUGCAUAAACCUAUUGUGCUACAAUGUAAUUGUUCUAUAGGGUAACACCACAAAAUACAGGAGGACAGAGCAAACUGGCAAACAAUUUUAAUGUUGGAGAAGACUGGUGGGUACAUUCAUGACAGAUGCAUGUAUAAACUGUAACAUACUGGUACAUGUACCUGUCACUGUAUAAUGGUACAUUAGAGCUCUUUUGACUCCUAAAUGAGGCUGCACAUCAGUGCAUAAGACUUUGAUUGAACAAGGAUCCUAAAUGUUGUCCACACAUUGAAAGCAGAGAUAUUAAAUUUUAUAAACUUUCACACUACUGUUGGUGGUAAAGUAGUCCAAAGAAAAGAAUCUUCCUAAAUUGAUUUCCCAAACCAGAUUUAAUGAAAAUAUUAUAUUGGUCAGGACAAAAUAAUCUAGCCUCUUGUUUUUCAGAAGCUUUAUGGUGUUAAAAAAUCUGGUAGUUAAAAAUAAUUCGACAUACCUGUCAACCUGAAUCUCUCCAGAUGCUUAUUUUUGUUCUACAGUCAUGUACAACAAUCCCAUGUUAACAUUGACAAGUACUGUGAUAUGUACUGUAGAUAAUAUUAUGAUCUACAGUGUAUAAAAGGCCAGACAUAAAAUUUUAUGGGAUAAAAAAAUGAUUGGUUUUAAAUUAUUUUACAACACAGUCCACAAAAGAAUAAAGGAGUGGUCCUUGUCAUGAGCAUGGAAUAAAGAAAAAAUCUGAGUUAGUAAAAGGAAACACGCCCCUGACUUGUAAGGGCAGAAUGGUGUUGCUGCAUUCUAUCUAUGUACAUUGUAGUCAGCACAUGAUGGAGAGACAUUCACCAUUUAUUUAGUAAUUUAUACAUGUACACAUUGUAUCAUCCAAACUGCUUAUGCAAGGUCAAUAUAAAAUUACCUGUUGUUUUCAUAGCAGAAUGUGUAAAAAAUAAUAAUGAAGUAUUGGUAUUUUGUCAUGACAUUACAUUGUAUUUAACUUGCUGGGUCUGGGGGAAUGGGGAGUUGGAAGAUUUAAUAACAGAGAACUUGCUGACUUUGAUUAUUUACUUGUUUCUAGCCCUGUGUUCUCUGGUUUGUUUGAUUUCUGUUCUAUUUACACGGGAGCAUCCUUGGAAGGUGCCGUGAGGCUUAAUCAAGGGGUAUGUCGUUAGUUAACUGUCUCUUAAAAGACAGCGCACUUUGAACAAAAAGACAGCUUGAGUUGGUCCUAAUGCUUUUCUUUACUCCUUUUAGUUGACUCACUGCAAGUAUAAAACAGACACUACUGGAACUAAAAUACAUGUCUAGUGUUGGUUCCUGUCUUUCCUAGAGUUUUCCCUGCCAUAUUGUUCGUACCCUCCACCCUCUUUGUCUGCUUUAAUCUUUAUAUCAAUAUUAAUUAUACCUGUAUGUGUUGUUGAUGUUUUUUUGCGAGAGUCUUCUUUAUUACAGUCAUGUAAUAAUUAUGGACACCAUGGCAUGUAUCUUUGGUGUCUGUAUUAUCACUAACUUUAUGUUAAAUGUAUGAUGAAGGUUCUUGACAGUGAAUCUUCAGUAUACAUGUUACUUUUUGGAUUUAUUUCAGACAUGAACUAUUUCAUCUCAGAUCUGACUCAUUGUAUUUCAUUCAGUUGCUAUUAAUAACAAUAAUUUACAUAAGAAUGUACAGUGUAACUCUAACCAGAGUAAUGAGAAUCUUCCCCUUACAUGUAAGACUAGUGAAAACAAUGAGUGGUUUUUAUGUUUGUGUUUUGCAUUGAAAUUUGAUUGUCAAAGUUUUUUACCCAAUAGGUUUGUGAUAUUGCUAUCAACUGGGCAGGAGGGCUGCAUCAUGCAAAGAAAUGUGAGGUAUGUGGGUGAAUUACAUUGUGUUCUUAGUUCUUGUAAAUUAUGCUCUUUAAAUGUCUUUGGAAAUCUCUCAGAAAACACAUGAAAACUGCUUAAUAUGUAGAGUGUAUGCUGUUCAAAAUACUGAAAACCUGGCAGAAUCUUAACAUCUGGAAACAAAAGGGUUUGUUUGUUUUCUCAGGUGAUUCUGUACCUGUACUCUAAGACCCUAUCUGUCCAUUAUUUUAAUUUAUAGUGUUUUUUUAAUCAUUUAGACUGUAAACACACAUGUUAUACACUGUAAAUAGUGACCACAAAACUUGUCAGACCAGUUUAGUUCCUUGUUCUAGUUUGGAUGCUCUAACCACUGAGUUACUGGAACUCUAAUGGCGAGCAGGGUUGGAAUUUAAAGACACGUACACCAGACCUUUAGGAUUGCAUUGGGGACUUGCUCGAAAUUCGGCCGUCCAACAGUGUACAAACACAAGACUGUAUAUUUAUAUUAAAGAAGAACCUGGAGAAUUCAAACACCAGAAAUUAUUGUUGCCUUGCAGGCAUCAGGCUUCUGUUACGUGAAUGACAUUGUGGUUGCAAUCCUGGAACUUCUGAAGUGAGUAAGAUAUUUUUUCAAACAUUGUAGCACAUUUAAAAGUGGCCAAACUCUCUUUCUUUUAAAACAUCUCCCACUGUAAUGUACACGUACAGAACAAAAUAGUUUAUUGCAUACCGUACAAAGUAUUGCUAUUUUGAAGACAGCACCAAAGGUACCACUGAAAGACAGACGAAUCUUGAAAAAUAUUUAUCUUUUAAAUAAUUAGCAGCACUUACAUGUAAUCUUGUUUUUCAUGUUACUGCAUUUUCAUUUUCCCACCAAAUUUCUGUGCAUUGAAAUCUGACUUGGAGCCAAAAAUCCAUUACCUCACUGUGACUAACGUGAAGCAAGCACCUGAAAUGUCAUGUUUGAUUUUCAAAAGGAAAAGGGACUUGGAAAAAAACAAUAAUUGUUGAUACAUGUAUUUAUUAAGUGCAACUGAACACCAAAUGAGUUUCAAACAACAAAAAUUAAACUUAAUAUGCAUGUUGCUUAUGUUUAUGAAUCGUGUUUUUUACAUUAAUAAUAUUGGUUUUUCAUUUUGAACAGGUAUCAUUCACGUGUUUUGUAUGUUGAUAUUGAUAUUCACCAUGGUGACGGAGUUCAGGUAAGUGCAGCAUGCCAUAAACUUUAGGUAAUAGCAGUAGUAGGCCCACGUUGGUCAGGGUCAACCAUGGGUAGAUCUGUCCAGGCUAUCAGCUUGAGCAGUAUUGUCUGUGAUUAAACAGGCCAAUCUGACUGAGGGAAAGUCUCUGUUGCAGAGGUUGCAUCUGUGUGUGGUUUCAGGUCUGGUGGUGGGAUCCUUUCUGUGAGCUUGCUGCUCGUCCUCCACCACUAUCAGCUUUUCUUUGCCCAGCAUUAGUUGUUUGUGGAGAGUGUUUUUCCAACUGCCACUGUCAGCUGCUAGGUCUUCCCAGGACUCAGUGUUGAUGUCGAGGGUCCUCAUGUCUCUCUUACAGACAUCCUUGAAUCUCAGUUGCAAGCAGCCAAUGCUUCUUUGUCCCGUUGCAAGUUCUCCUUAGAGGAUGUCUUUGGGAUGUGGCCAUCUUCCAUGUGACGAACGUGGCUUAACCAGUGCACCUGGCAUUGUCUCGGUAGGGUGUGCAUGGUGGGAAGGCCAGCACAAGACAAGACUUCAACGUUGGUCACUUUGUCUUGCAGGAUAUGCCCAAUAUGCAGCAAAUGCUUCUUAGGUGGAAGGAGCUGAGCCCCUUUUGCUGUCACGCAGGCAUUGUACACAGCCAUCUUUGUCUUCACUGUCAACUUGAGGUUUGACCACACAUGAGAUGUGGGGCAAGUGAGUGUUGUAGCUGCCUUUCUGACCCUCUUAUUGAUCUCAGUGUCCAGGGAGAGGUUAUCGGUGAUUGUUGAUCCAAGGUACACGAACUGGUGAUCGGAAU